AUGGACGGAGAGGUUCGGUACCAAGAGCCGCUGUCUGGCAUGGUCGUUAGCGUCGUCCUGGUUAUGAUCUCGCUCGUCAUCAUCUCUUCCUUCCUGACACAGAGGUUUCUGGCCGUUAAGGCCUGGACCAGACUCCCCUUUGUGCAGUGGCUGGUCUUCGCCAUCUACUCAGACUCGUUCCUCUUCGUCUUCGCCACGGCCAUCCUCCAGUUCGCCUUUGGCGUCGACCACUCCAUCUCCGUCUGCGAGUCGGCCAUCCUGCUCUGUCUCGCGUGCUAUGUGACGACCAAGCUGAUCUACCUCUUCCUGGUUGAGAAAGUUCACAUCAUCCGCUCGAGCAGCCAGAGGCCGCGGCUACACUCGAAACUCUACAUCUUCAACGCGUUUGGCAUGAUCGGUGUAUACUGCAUCGUGGUCGUCAUCAACUUCAUAUACCGUAUCACGAGGGUGGAAAACGGCCAGUGCAUUAUCGGCAUGAAGAAGCUAGCCAUGAUACCCCUGAUCGCGUUCGAUCUCCUGGUCAACGUCUACCUCACCAUCUUGUUCCUCAUCCCACUCUCCAAACUGUACUCGUUCAGGAACUUCCAGCAGACGCGCGGCAGCCGACGACUGAAGACGGUGGCCAUGAGGACCUUUGUCGGAUCCAUCUGCACCCUUACUAGUAGCAUCGCCAACUUGUCUGUUCUGAUGGCCCUCGAUGGCGAGCCGGGGUGGGUGUGUCUGAUGUGUUGCAAUAGCGACAUUCUCUUCAGCGCCGUAGUCAUCCAAUGGGUCACGUCGCGGGACGGGGCGUCGUCGACAUCCAACGACUCAACG